CGUCAAUCACGGAAGCUGGUAGGCGGGCUUGCGCUCCGAGCGCGGCCUUAGCAACGGCCCGCCUGGAGCGCCAGCUAGGACUGGGAGGGCCGCUGUUGCGCUACGCGGGCUCGGGCGGGGAAGCGGGUUGGAGACAUGGCAUCCAGCCACCGAACAACUCUAGACCAAUGGAAGAAAAAAGCAGCGAAACUUGAAUUGAGUGAUGCCCAAAAACAAGAAAUAAAAGAGGCCUUCGACUUAUUCGAUGUUGACAGUUCUGGAACCAUAGACGUGAAAGAAUUGAAGAUUGCAAUGCGGGCCUUAGGAUUUGAGCCAAAGAAAGAAGAAAUCAGACAAAUGAUAGCGGAAAUCGACAAAGAAGGAAAUGGCACCAUUUGUUUUGAAGACUUUUUUGCCAUUAUGAGUGUGAAAAUGAGUGAAAAGGAUGAGAAAGAAGAAAUACUGAAGGCUUUUAAAUUAUUUGAUGACGAUGCUACUGGCAGCAUAUCACUAAAUAACAUCAAGAGGGUUGCCAAGGAACUAGGGGAAAACUUAACAGAAGAUGAAUUGCAGGAAAUGCUCGAUGAAGCAGAUCGCGAUGGGGAUGGAGAGAUUAACGAGGAGGAGUUUUUGAGGAUGAUGAGGAGGACCAGUCUUUAUUAGCUCUGCUUCUUGCCUUCUAGGAAGUUUUGACAGCUUGCCUGUUAAGCAGUUUAAUAAUGUGAUACUUUGGCUCAUUCAUUUCCAUUUUUAGUUUAUAUGCUCAGCUUAGUCUCUUGGUGUCUAAUCUAUGCAAGAACAUCAUUUAAGUCUGUAGUAGCAACAAUAAAAAAUCCAUGACUUAUUUGAACCUUGAACCCCAAAACAGUAUUUUUACAUGCUAUUUUUAAAUUUUUAGGUUCCAAAGACAUUCAAAAUUUAUUUUUUAUUUAAUAAACUUGGCUCCCACAUCCAAAUGAAAUUGUUUAUAAAAAAUCUGAAAAAAAUAAUAUUUUUCCAUUAUAUCCUUUUGUAUGACUUUAAAAACGCCAACAAACUUGUUUUGUUAAUCAUUUCUUCAAAUGUGUAAAGUAUUAAUAAAAUUGACUUACGUAA